AUGAACAAAGUAUAUUGUGCGGCCCAGAGGAGCGGUGCCUGUGGAUGGACAGCGCAGACACUCAUGGCAUCUGAGGAGCGUGCGGAUGCGAGAGACUCGGCCACUGCUGAUCUGAACCCAGGGAUGGAGGGCAGCGCUGUGCCCGGCAGUGGCAAAACGUGUCCCGUCCACACUCCAGGCGGGGAGGAGACCAAGAGGGGCUUCAGGAAAGGCAUCGGGAGGCACAAUGACUACGUGAAGAUCUCUGUGCCGGACUCCAAGGUCAAUCGUCUGCCCAUGGAGUGGUGGAAGACGGUGAUGGCCUUCUUUUAUGCUUGCUUCAACUUGGUCCUCACCACCGUCGUCAUCACCGUGGUCCACGAGAGGGUCCCACCCAAAGAGAGCAGCCCACCUCUUCCCGACAAGUUCUUUGACUAUAUCGACAGAGUUAAGUGGGCGUUCACAGUGACUGAGAUCAACGGCAUGGUACUGCUCACCAUCUGGAUGAUCCAGCUGUUCUUCUUCAGAUACAGGUCAAUAGCAAUCAGACGCUUCUUCUUCCUCAUUGGCACCCUGUACUUGUACCGCUGUGUCACCAUGUACAUCACCACCCUGCCUGUACCUGGCAUGCACAUGACCUGUGCUCCUAAGCUCCAUGAUGACUCGCAGGCCAAAAUCCAGCGAAUCCUGCGGCUGAUUUCCGGUGGAGGUCUCUCCAUCACGAACUCCCAUCUGUUGUGUGGAGACUUCCUGUACAGCGGACACACUGUGAUGCUCACCCUCACCUACCUAUUCAUCAAGGAGUACUCGCCGCGGUCGUUCUGGUGGUACCAUCUGAUGUGCUGGCUGCUGAGUGCUGUGGGAGUGGUUUGCAUCUUGGUGGCUCACGAGCACUAUAGCGUGGAUGUGGUCGUGGCCUACUUCAUCACCUCCCGCCUGUUUUGGUGGUACCACACCAUGGCCAAUUUACAGACUAUAAAAUGUCUGCCCAGCAACUACCUCACCAACACCUGGUGGAACCCUGUGUUCAACUUCCUGGAGAGGAACGUCCAAACCUCGGUGCCGUGCUCGUACAGCUGGCCCAUCACCUGGCCUCCCGCCUGCCUUAAGAACCCCUGCAAGAAGUACUCCAUGGUACAAAGUACCCGAGAGGAGUGACCUUACCCCCGAUACCACAACAGUGUUGCCUGAUCAUCCACCAGAGGCUGUACUCAUUCAUUCAGUCAACUUGACGGGAGCU